AUGGGUUCUUGUAAAUUUUCCAUGUUUAGUUUGCUUUGUUUGAUCAUUAUUUCGUUGCUGGUUUCUGGGGAAGAAAUAAGUCCCCAGCUUGUUAAGGAGAGGAUUUCAUUGCUUUCUUUCAGGUCUGGUAUUGUAUUAGACCCUGAAGGUGCACUUGAGAGCUGGAACUCUUCAGGCAUUCAUCUUUGCAACUGGACAGGAGUCAAGUGCAACAAUGCUAGUGAUCGUGUAAUACAGCUUGACCUUAGUGGCAAGUCACUUCGCGGCAGGAUCUCUCCAGCUCUUGCGAAUCUUUCUUCUUUGUUGGUUCUUGAUUUGUCAAGGAACUUCAUUGAAGGACACGUUCCAGCGGAGUUGGGUUAUCUUUUCCAGUUAAGACAGCUCAGUUUAUCAUGCAAUCGUCUCGGAGGAGACAUUCCCAAAGAGUUGGGAUUUCUUCACCGAUUAGUAUAUCUUGAUUUGGGAAGUAACAAGCUUGCCGGUGAUAUUCCUGCACUACUUUUCGGCAAUGGGUCCUCUUCUUUGGAGUAUAUAGACCUUUCUAACAAUUCUUUGACAGGAAAAAUCCCUUUGAAGAAUGAUUGUGAGCUUGGUGCUUUGAGGUUUCUUUUGCUUUGGUCGAACAGACUAGUCGGCGGGGUCCCUCCAGCACUUUCUAACUCCACCAAUCUUGAAUGGCUCGAUUUGGAGUCAAAUAUGUUGAGUGGGGAAUUGCCAUCAGAGAUUGUACGUAAAAUGCCGAAGCUACAGUUCCUCUAUUUGUCUUACAAUGACUUUGUUAGCCAAGAUGGUAACACCAAUCUUGAACCCUUUUUUGCUUCUUUAGUUAAUUCUUCUAACCUUGAAGAACUUGAAUUAGCCGGAAAUAACCUUUACGGAGAGAUACCUCCUAUUAUUGGUGAUCUUUCUACCAAUUUUGUACAGAUUCAUCUAGAUGAGAAUCUUCUCUAUGGCGCUAUCCCCCUCACAUUUCAAACCUUGUCAAUCUGA